AUGGCGGCCGUCGAAGACGAAGUUGAUAAAGAUGGAGAAGACGUUACUUUCAAAUCACUGGUAAUAAGGGGUUAUAAUACACAUUUCUAGAUAAAGGCUCUCAAAUGAAACUUUUAAUUUGGCCUUUGAUGUUUUCAUAAAGGGAAUUGUCGAUGUUUUGUGUGAAGCCUGCCAACAAUUGGGAUGGAAGUCACCCACAAAGAUACAAAGAGAAGCCAUUCCAGUUGCUUUACAAGGUAGUUAUUGGUAAAAUUUGGCAAUAUUUCGAGAGUAUUUCAUAUUUUAUUGGGUAGAGAAUGCUUAUUAAUGAUAGGCAAUCUAAAUCGAGCCAUUAGGGUUGGGGACCUUGUCCUGGUGGUCUUUUUUGUUUAUCACUUAAACUCUCAGAAGUGAUCAACAUGCUAUUUCUCCCUUUAACAUCCAUACAUUAUCCAGCAAACAGGUCUUGAGAAUACUCAAAUUUAUCAGGUAGAAUUUGUUAUCCUGAUCUAACACCAAAUUCUCACGACUAAUUUACAAGGAAAUGUGUGUCACCUAGGGAGGAGAAUCAGCAGUAAGGAUUAAACACCUUAUGUUGAUGGCUUAUCUCAGUAAAGAGGAAACACAUCAUAACUGUUGGAUAAUAAGAAAGGGACACACCAUGGGUAUAUGACAUGACACAUUCCAUUAGAUAAAAGAAUACACACUGGCCCCUCUUUUCAUUUUGUUGAAAGUGUCAACAUGGCCAUUAAUUUUUUCUUGCACUGAAAACUUGGCAGUGUUUUUGCAGUUUUUUGAUCCUUUAAUAUGCUUUGGAUUAUCUUAUACUUUUUCUUGCAGGCAAUGAUAUAAUUGGUUUAGCAGAAACAGGUUCUGGGAAGACAGGAGCAUUUGCUCUUCCAGUUCUUCAGAAGCUACUUGAAAAUCCGCAGAGAUUGUAUGCCCUUAUUCUAACACCAACAAGGUUUGAUUGUGUGUAUUCUUCAAAUCCAGUUUGUUUUUUUACUUCAUAUGCUCAGGUUAAAGUUUAGUAUAUGUGAAAUUAUGGAAAGAGAAUUUUUAAAGAUUGUUCAUUGUUUUCAUAUUUGUUUUAAUCAGCCAUAAUAAAAGUUUACUUAAUAGUCAUUAUUUUAUACUCUAUUCUUUGGCGUACUCAGAGAACUGGCAUUUCAGAUUUCUGAACAGUUUGAAGCCUUAGGUGCAAGUAUUGGAGUGAAGUGCGGUGAGUUUUUUAAUUUUUUAAUCUAAGAUUAGGUUUAUUUUGCUUUGCUUUGCUCUGUGAUUGGUCUCAAAAACUUGUACCACACUCUCAACCAAUUACAGAAUGAUGCAAAACUAGAACCAAUCAUGGCUUGGCCACCUGUGUUUUCCCAGGCUUUGGACAGUUUGCUUGGUUUUAGUUUAAGUUCUCAUGGGUUUUACUGUUGUGGUAAUUUUCUCUCUUCUUCUUACUGGUUGUGGUCAGGCAAAAAGCCUCACAUCAUAAUAGGUAAUGAAAAAAUACCUUAUUUAUAACUUUAUCUUAUCAAUAACCACUUGAAAUGCGUAUACAUGUAUGUCACUGAAACCUCUUUUAAAAAGUUAUUUCUAUGAAGAUGAUCUGAUGAUGUUCAGCCCUUUUCAGGCAGUAACUGGUAAAAUUUACAGCCUCUUAUACCUUUGUAACUGCCUGAUUUCACUUGUAAUUAUUGAAAAUUUUACCAAUAGAAGGAUUGCUGUGCAGGUUUAAAAAAUUUAUUUCACUUCGUCCUGCUUAAAAUAAGGAGAACCCCUGCAUUAUCCUUUAAAAUGUCAGCAAACCAGAACUGUUUUCAUUUCUUGUUUAUCACCCCAACAGAUAAAUUGUCCUAUCAGAUUUGACAGAAAAUAGUGAAUAAGUUAAAACCAGAGAUAUCUAAUGUUCAAUUAUUAUGAUCUAUUUUUCAUCUACACUCUGUAUCUGUAUCUGUAACAAAUUGAUCUUAUUGUAAAUUUAUGUUUGUGACAUUUAUUUCCAAUAAGGGGAAGUAGGCACUGAAAAAUUUUUUUUUUUUAGCCUCACCAGGAAGGCUUGUUGAUCAUCUAGAAAACACAAAAGGAUUCAAUUUAAGAACUCUGAAAUACCUGGUAAGUGAAUAAUGUCACAAUUACUCUAGUUACUUUUGAAACAAGUUUAUCCCCACAUAUACACCUGUACAAUGUUUUCCAAAUCUCUUUACCUUGUCACUGGGUCUACAAAUGAUCAGAAUACAAAUUAAAAAGGUAAUCUUUUUGCUAAUUCUUUCACUUUUUAUUUAUAGAUAAUGGAUGAAGCUGAUAGGAUAUUAAAUCUUGAUUUCGAAAAAGAGGUAUGUGAAAGAAAUGAUAGAAAAUAAAUUGAUUUAAAAAAUUAUCUUUAUUAGUACAACUUUGCAUGGGCUCUUAGAAACAGAAGAGAAACUUAUCUAGAAAUCUCUAUUUCUUUUUAUUUGUCAGUUUUUGUUGACAUGUAGUGUUGUAUGUAUUUGCUUGUUUUGUUCCCCAUGAAUUGAAUUUCAAGUCAGUUGGAGUAUUGAAAGAGGUUUUUUGCUUUCAAUAAGGAUAGUGCUUUCUUCUUUCGCAUUGUGUACAUAAACAAAUUUAAAAAAUAGUUGGUAUUAGGGAGCUUAUGCAAAACCAAAAACGUCAAUGGCAACAAGGAUAUGGCAGAACAGGAGAUGUAAUUGGCAAAACAAUAGCACAGCACAUGCAUUUAAGAACUUUGUACAUUCCCAAGCUAUUCUCUGCAAAGCAAAAUGGUAAACACACCAAAAUUUGGUGAUAAGUUUCCAGUUGGAACUCAUUGCUACUCACAUACCUCAAACACAUCCAGCCAUUCACAAAAUUCUAACUAGUACAAGUAUAGUUUCAGUUUUUUUUUUUAAUAACUCCCUUGGUAUUGUCGUCUUCACUGUAAGGUCUCUUACAAAACUGAGAGGAGGGAAGUAUCAUUAGGUUGAACAGAGAGUCUCACAUUUGCUGAACUUUAGGUGGACAAGAUAUUGAAGAUAAUUCCUAGAGAGAGAAGAACAUAUUUAUACUCUGCAACCAUGACAAAAAAGGUGACGGAUAUUCUAUAUUUCAUAGUAAUAAAAUACUAAUAGUUACCUGGGAGAAUAAUCAGCUGUCAUUUAUUUUGAAACACUGUACAAUAUGUUAUUUGUUUAUUUUGGAAGGGAGAGUAGAUCGCAGACAGAAAAGAAAAAAAGAUUAUUUCAGACUGUCAUUAUAUUAAAUCAAAAGACAUUAGUUUUAUUUUUCUCCAACAGUAACAGUAAGGUAUAACAGUAAGCUAUAUUGGAAAAAUGCACAUCAGUGAAAAAAAAUUGAGACUGUAUAAUAGCAAUAUCACAUGCCCCAUAUACUGUGUUUUUAAAUCUGAUUCACCUGAAUUAUGUCACAGGUUCAAAAGCUUCAAAGAGCUUCUUUACAAAGUCCUGUUAAAGUUGAAGUUGCUACAAAGUAAGUGGUGUUCUUACCUGUUUGGUGCUCUCUGUGUGAUAACAAUGUAGCAAUUAUCAAGUAGGGUUGUGGGUUAGCCUCAGCUCACAGAAUUUCCUUCUCUUUUAAGAUACACCACUGUGGACAAGUUACAGCAGAGUUAUUUGUUUAUACCAAAACAAAUUUAA